GAGAACUAGGAAGGGAUGGAGAGAGAUGGAUUCAUACUGGUGGGGGGGGAAGCUGCCCAAACGAAAUAUGAGGUGAUGCUCCUGUAUGCUUUGUUGUCACCUUCUCCUAGCUAACAAUGAUCUACAUUUACCUUGAGCUUCAUCCCUUUUGAUGUCUCGUUUACACACCUCGGCCUUCCUUAUCUCUGUGUCUCCCUCUCCCCCAACCCUCAGUCUGAAGACGAGUCUCAACCUGACGUCACCCUUUCCUUCUAUCUAGAGAUGCUGCCUGUCCCACUGAGUUACUACGCAUUUUGUGCCUAUCUUCAGUGUAAAUCAGCAUCUGCAGUUCUUUCCUGCACAUGAGGUAUGGAUCUCGUUGUUUGAAAGAGUGGGAGAGGUAGAGGUGGAAACCACUUGCUGCAUCCACACCGUACUUGGAUAUUUACUUGAAGUGCCACAACAUGAAGGACCCAUUGCCUCUGAGCCAUGGACAAACUUUAGCCAACCAUGUGUAUGUUGACAAUGUGUGCAUCUACACUCAUCUCAUUUACCAACUGCAGGACAUAGCCAUCUAUGCCUUGGCGAGUUAAACUCUCAACUAGAUACCCAGACCAGUUCUGGGCCAGUGGGAGUGUGUUACAUUUUGCAAGGAGACUUUGAAAGCAUCUUUGAGGCACCUUGUCCUGGUGAUUUAUUACUGUGAUGAAGUUUGAAGCAGAGUGACCAUUGCUGAAGAGUCUGCUUUGACAUAUUCAAACACUGUGGCCCACCGGAGGAGUUGGCCAAGUGUGUGCUCAGAGCCUCGAUGCUGAGACAAUGCCCGUUGCCCUGGGAGGGAACACUGGCAUCCAUGUCCAAACCCCAACCAAUACAUUUGGAGGAUUUUAUGGAGAUAAGGAUGGUGAUACCUUUCUGGUGCUUUGAAGUGCCUGCUGUGGAUAGACCAUGGAGUUGAAGCAUUAAGAUAAUUGCUGACUAUAAGCUUACAACUGUGUUUGUGGACCUGAAGCUUUGAGCAUUCAAACGUACAGGAAAUGAAGGUAAAGCUUUUCAUCAGGGUCUUUACUAAGAGGUGUCGCUGCUGAUGCUGGAGACCAGUUGCCGCCGUGCUCCGGAGAUAUGGAUGCAGAGCUGUUGAGUAUUGAGCACUGCAUCCUUCCAACAAAAGGACACAAAGUGCUGGAGUAACUCAGCGGGUCAGGCAGCAUCUCCGGAGACAAGGGCUAGGUGACGCAUCAGGUCAGGACCCUUCAUCAGUUUAGUUUAGUUUAUUAUCACGUGAACCGAGAUACAGUGAAAAGCUUCUGUUGCGUGCGAACCAGUUCAGUCUUCUGACUGUUUGUAGAGUAGGGGAAGAGAGCUGGAAGGAAGGAGGGCUAGGACAAAGCCUGGCAGGUAAUAGGCUGAUACAGGUGGUGGAGGGGGGAGGGGGUUUAUAGGCAGUUGGCGGAUAAAGGCCAGAGAUGAAAAUACAGAAGGUGUGAGACAAAAGGAUUGAACAGCUGCGAAUUGUGACAAAAGUCCCCAAGCCGAAAUGUCUAUAAUCAGUCUGAUGAAGGGUCCCGACCCGAAACGUCACCUACCCUGGUCUUCCAGAGAUACUGCCAGACCCGCUGAGUUACACCAGCACUUUGUGUCUUAUUUUGUAAAACAGCAUCUGCAGUUCCUUGUAUCUACAUUUGGAAUAGUUCCUUACAGAACUCUUUCCAAACUUGUUUGGGGGUGUGGACAAGUAAAUUAAAGGUAAUGGUAUCAACUUAAUCCAAGUGAUCUCUCAGCUGUCAGCGAUGAAGAUAGAAUCACUAUUUCACUGAUAGCUUUUGGGGGAGAGUUGUCAUGUUCUUCCCCAAAUGGUGAUAAACUUGGUGCUCUGCGUUGUGGCUGGUACUGCAAUUAUAAUUCCCACUAGCUACCCAGCAGCUGGUUGCUUGGUUACAGCUGUUGUUUACUGUGUUGGGGAAAUGACCGGUCCUCAUCAAUUUGCAAACAAAUAUCUCCUGUGAUAGCAGGACAGGACUUACAUGUUCUGUUAUAUAUCUAAACAUGCAUGCACAUAUGGCAAGCUACAAGUGUUCUUGCCAGCCACUGCGUUGAGCUUCACUGGUUUUCAUCAAGGCUCCUGGGGAGUGACGGCGAGGAAGAGAUUCCAAAUGUCGAGGCUGUGGAUGAAGAGGUGGAAGCCACAAUGAAGCUACGAGCCUCAUGAACGAUCAACAGCUGGGAAAGACCUGACUGAGGAAGUAACAGGAGAGGAGCAUUCUGAGAAGCAACAAACAGUGCCAUGUGAUUGUGAAAAUGAACCCUGAUAGAGUGGACAAAGAGACACACGAUGAACUAAAGACAGAGGAACGGCUUGACGCUGCUCUGAGUACAGUGGCCAACGGCGAGAGUCUGAACGGAGGUGCCCAAGAUGAGACUGCUAAUGGAGUAUUCGCCCUGACCAACAGCAAUGGGCAGCCCAAUGCUGGCACUGGAAUCCAGUGUUUGCCCGAUCUGGUCAGAGCAGCUGGAGAUAGACCAGCCCAGUGGGAGAACGAGUUGGAGACAGCAACUGAAGACCUGCCGAGUGAGAACAUGAAUCUACUGAACCAAACAGUCCAAGCGCUGUUCUAUCAAGCAAGGAGAUUUGCCAAAAAAGGAACAGAUGCACAGCAAAAUAAGACUGAAAACAUAAAGCUUCGCAAUGGGAUUAUUCUUCAGCAGGGGAAAGGUGUCGUGAGUCCCAAGGUGCUCAAACCCAGGAAGGAGGAUGACAAGCCCGUCUUCUAUGUCUCAGGAACAAAUGGGACUGACCUAGUUGUCGGCUUUUGUGAGGACCAGGGUUGGAAGCGGAUCAGUGAUAAUACCAGAUGUGACUACUUUUUUAAAUGGAGUGAAAUUAAUGUGGCGGCCAACUUCCAAAGCUUCCAAGAAGGUAAGCAGCUUUUAAACCAAAUCCCAAACAACAGGCUAUUGACCACCAAAGUUGGCCUCUGUUCCAUCCUAAAGGGCUACCAGCAGGCUGUAGCCAAAUAUGGAUCCAUUGUGCACCCAAAGAUCUUGAAGAUGGAAGAUUUUUUUCCUGAAACAUAUCGCAUGGAUGUGAAAAGUGAACGUUUGGCUUUCUUUGAAAUUAUGGGAGAUGCAUCCAUUUGGAUUUCGAAACCUGGCGGAUCAAACCUGGGUCGAGGAAUCUUCCUUCUGAAGAGUCAGGCUGACUUGUUGGACUUUCGUAAGAAGGUGGAAAGCUUGGAGCAGAAUGGUCACAGCAAGACGACCUACAGUAGCCUACCCUUCAACAGAAUUGUGCAAAGGUACGUGAAGAGACCUCUGCUGCUGGAAGGGCGGAAGUUUGAUAUCCGCUCCUACUUCCUGAUCGCCUGCACCUCCCCCUACAUGGUCUUCUUCUGUCACGGUUACGUGAAGUUGUCCUGUAACAAAUACGACCCCUACUCCGAUGAUCUGACAAGUCACCUGACCAACCAGUCCAUCCAGAAAAAGCAUUCCAGGUACAGUGAGAUGAAGGAGGACACAGUCUGGUCCAUGGAACACCUGAACACCUACAUCAAUGAGAACUACAUGGAAGCAAGGUGUCUACCGAAGAACUGGGUCUUCACUGUCUUUGCAAAGAGAAUGCAGCAAAUCAUCAUGCAGUGUUUCUCUGCUGCCAAGGGGAAAUUGGAAUGCAAACUGGGCUACUUCGACCUACUGGGCUGCGACUUUAUCAUUGAUUACAACUUCAAGGUGUGGUUGUUGGAGGUGAAUGCGAACCCAUCUCUCCAGAGACACUGUGCCGUUCUCAGAGUAGUCAUCCCUGAAGUGGUCUACGAAGCACUAGAGUUAGUGGUUGAGAUAUUCAGGAAAUCCAGCAGAGGAUUGGAUGUCGUGCCCCUCCAGUCGCAGAAAGAGUUUGUCCUGUUGUUCAACGGUAGUCGUCAGGGAAGGCUUCCGAGGGCCUUGCGGGGAGGCGCAGAAAGAAACCCGUCCCCCGCUGGCCUCAAGCAGCCCCUGUGUUUCAUGAAACAAGCUAUAAACAAGCCCAUGAGGAAGCUGCCUCCUUCGUCAGACUCCGUGGCCGCUCCAGCAAAGGUACUGCGGAGCACAAUGUCUCUGCUCUCCUACAACAAGCUACCAGCCAUCCAUCUCAAUCCCAGCGUCUGCACCGUCACAACCAGCUAUCAAACUGAAGCCUCUGCACAUACUCAGGACCAGCUCAGAGCCAGCAAAGAUUUGGAAUCAUUUAAACCAAUGGCAUGUGCCGGACAACUAAAACCUCUAUGCACUAAAACCCCUCUCAUCAACUCACAGCAUUACCCUAGACUGCAGGGCAAUACCUUCAUGAUCAAUAAUGCCUUCCAACCAGCCCACAUCAGUAAGAUGACAGCAAGACCACCCGAGAUAAAGGCAAGGCCCAAAGAGAAGCAAACUCCUUCGGGAGAACCAGCUUAAGAAGUUGCGACUUUACCCAGGAAAUUGGCCAGUUCUUUCAUACCAGGAGCCACCUUUAUUACCAAUUACCAAUCUUUAAUCCUACAGCGUAGCAGCAACUCCCCCAGAACAAUCAGCAAAUUGGUCCCAGACUUGACAAUGUGAGCAUUGUGAAGUCCAGUAAAAUAGAAGAAUAUUUAUCAGUAUCCGACAAUCAACCGAAAAUGUCUCUGUGUUUGGAUGGUUUCAAUCAAAAAUACUUUGUGGAAUAAAGCCAGUCUUUCUUCAUGUUGUCAUCUCCUUCAUUCUACCUCAGCGCCAUACGCAACAGUCAUAUAGUGCAGCUGCAGAGAAUCCACCAGAUUCACUGCACGGGUUCACCGGCGUCUUCCAUUUGGCAUCUGACGUCAGGAGCUGACAAUAACGUCCAGCUUACCACAGGGGAUGAGUCUGAGGUGGAUCGUGGAGAUGCUUCAUUAAAGCGCACCGCAAGACCAGCCUGAGGUGGAUGGAGAGGGAACAUCGACCGUGCAGCGAACAUGGACAAACUCCACUUGAAUGCAACAACUAUGAUCGGCGUGCAAAGUAUUUUGAGAUGCGGUGCUGGGAUCCACCUACUGCUUGGUGGAAAUGAUCAUGAGCUUUCAAGAUGUAUCUGAUGUACACUGGGCUGUGCAGACCAAGGUGCCCAGAUCUAGCCCAUGGUUUAGCUUGCUAAUCUCGGUCCUCUCAAUAGCUUUGAACAAAUGGCACCAGUCCCCGAGCCAGAGUCUGAUCCCAAGGGAACAGCUACUGAUUUUUUAUCACUGGCAUCUACUGGUAAGUAUAGUCUGUCCCUGGGUUAUGAGCACCAGAUUAUGCGUGCAUCCACGUACGAACAUAUUCCUGUGAUCUAAUUAAAUUGAAAAAUGCGAUUGUAUAUAUUUUUGUAAUGAUAUCAAAUGAUUUUUGUGUACUUUCUGCCUUAAAAUUGUCUGCAAAAAGAGAACCUAUUUGUUACCUGGGACAACCUGUAACGCUGGAUUGAAAGUUUCAACUGUGCUUCCGUGCUAGUAAACAAUGUUGACACUCAUUGUCU